AUGGCAGAGAACCCCACGCUCAUGUCUGACCUACCUCAAGGUCAUGUGGUCUCAUUUUCACGACUGAGGCGCUUGCGUCUAGAGGCACUCCAGAUCUCCAAAUGGUUCGAGGAACAUACAGACGGAAAUCAAUGGAUAGUGGUGCUCGGUCUAUCAACACCGGUAAUCGAAGCACUUACAAGCGACCACGGCGGUCUUGGGGGAAUCGCAUUUCGAUUUCAAUGGGAGGGCUCUACCGGCCUGAUCAAGGUCGUCCCCCGCAGCGAACAUGAGGUCGCCACUGAUAAGUUCACUGAAGUGAUUCGGGAUUCUUACAAGGCUAUGGGUGUCCCUAGCGAAGGAACGGCUUGGAUCGGAUCGACAACUUACCGAUUAGGGAUGAGGAAGGGCAAAGAAGCGGAUAAUGGAUAUGUACCUCCCUCUCGUUGUACUCAUCCGAUUGGAAACGUCGGCUACCCAACACUUAUAAUCGAAACAGGUGUAUCAGAAUCGCUUGGUCGACUUCGACAAGAUGCCCGGAAGUGGUUCGCAGAUUCUGAAGGUGAUGUCAGAAUGGUCGUUCUUAUCAUUGUUAGAAAAAACUAUGUCUCCUUCGAGCAGUGGCAGUUGGCUCCAAGCGGUGCUCCCCGCCCGCUAACUCGAAAUUACAUCCGGACCCUCCAGGCACAAACUCCAAAUAUUCCACCACUAAUCAGACAGCCGGCACGACUUCAGCAACCGUACUGUGCACAGUCUGUGGAUAUAACACCAAACCCAGUUGCGGGAAUGCCAAAUUUUAUGGAUGGGGACCCUAUGGUCCUCCCCUUCGUUGCAAUCCAGGAUCGUCCUCCGGGUCCAGGGGAGGGAGACGUGGUUAUUGGGCUGCAAAACUUCAAUUUUGUGACGGAGUUCUUGCUCUGA